AGCCUCCAUCAUGUCCAUGGUUUGACUGCGCUCUGCAGCAUGUGUGGUUUGUAGAUUUUCUCCUGACUUUUCCCUGUUCCUUGCUCUAUCAUGCUUUGAUCAACUAGUGUCCUGGUGAUUUAUUAAUUUAUAGCUUCAAUCGUAUUCAGAUCUAUAUUGGUUGGCCUACUACAACUUAAAAGUGGCUUUGAGUCUGACUGAGCCAUGGAUCGCCAGGGGGAUCGCCAGGGGGAUCGCCAGGGGGAUAUGGGAAACCUUGAAACUAAGACCAAAGCAGAGCUGAUGGAUCUGCUGGCAAGACAAGAGAAACUGCUGGCCAAUAAGAACAGGCUAAGCAUGCUACCCGAUAAAGGUCAAAAGGUCCAACUCCUGGCAGACAGGCUCCGAGAGCUCAUCGCAAAACAUGAGGCCAUGGUGAAUGACGCCGCGGAUCUCCUGGAGAAAAUGGACAUCGGUGCCCCACAGGGCGUGCCUGAAACUCCCCAAAAUGCAUUCCUGAAGACAGAAAGGGCGCCGUUUCAGCCUUUCAAGACGCUCCACACAGACAGAAUACCCGAGGGUCUAGGGCGUCCGCCGCCCACCCCACCCUCCAGUGGAAGCACGCCGAUGCGUGGGGUGCAGGACAGGCCUCCGGAAAUGUCGGCUGUUGCCAUCCCACCACUCAAACAUCCCGGGACGCAGUACAUGGAUGUCAAAGAAGCAGCUGAGCUGUUGGAGAAACAGAGGAGCAAAGUGCAGGCUUUACAAGCUGCGCAGGCUGCCGAGAGAUUGUCAGAGAGGCUGCACAUACAGAUGGGCACAUACAAGCCGGACUCUCCGGGCAGGUACAGGGACAGGGAUCGUAGCAAUGACAACAGCGAAGAUGAGGAUACUGAUGAUGAUGAGGUUGAUGAUGAUGAUGACGACGAAAGUGAUGAUUCACGUGAAAUACCACAACAAAAGCAGCAUGUCCCUAAUGGAUAACCAACUCUCACUGUCAUUGUUUCUUCUCCCAUAGAUCCAUCGUUCCAUGCCAAACUUUAGCAUCAAAAAGAUAGACAAGUGAAAAUACCUCAAGCACCUACCCAAAUUGGGUAGUACACAUCACAUAAGGAAGUUUACAUUUUAUUACAAAAAUGCGAGUACAUUAAAACGGCACUUUACAUGUAUGUACAUUAGAAUGGAUAAGAUGAAAGAAAUGUAAUUUCUUGGCAGUUCGUUGUUGGGUUAAAAUCACCUGAAAAUAUUAGUGGUCUUUACUGUAGUGGAAUAAAAUUACUUAUUAGAAAUAGGGGUAAGUAAAAAGGCAACGCAAAGAAACGUGUCCUUUUUUUUUGCCCUUGUUUUGAUUUGAAAGUGUUCAUACAGAAGCCCUGGUCAUUAAAUCAAUUAUCUUGACAUGUAAAGGGUUUGUAAAUAAGUCAUUGACUACAAAAAUAAACUUCCUCAAGGUGCUGUUCUUUAAAAGUAAACCCCUGUUCAUUGACUCGGUACUCCAGUCAGUCAGGAUGUGCCACAAUAGCAUCCUGUGAAAGAACAAUAUCCGAGUACAAAGCACUGCCGAGUACCAAGCUAUUGAGUACCACUUGCAUCCGAGUACUUUGACCUUUGAGAACGAGUACAGGUACCCGAGUCCCAGUACUUUGACCUUCGAGUACAAGUUCUGUGAAGCCUAGUCCCAGUACUUGGACAUCUGGGUACGAGUACUUCAUGGAGUACUCAGGUGAAAACAAUUAUAAUCUCAAGUAACGAGUGGAAACUGAAACCACUAAUUUAGCAACAUGAAUGUUAUGGACUUCUUUUAAAGAAGACUUCUUGAAAGGCAAUUUUGCCACACUGCAUAAAUAUAAUCAGAAUGUUUUUGAUUUCAAAACUAAAGUACUCAAUUUUUCUUCCCGAGUCCUAAUAAUCAAGUACAAGUACUUGGCUUCUCGAGUACGAGUACCGCAAAUUCAAGUCCGAGUUUGUUUAUAUUCGAGUACGAGUAUUUUGAUAUUCGAGUACGAGUACGAGUAUUCUCAAAAAGUACUUGACUACUGAGUACGACAACACUGUAUGGUAGAGAUAGUCACAUCUGUGGAAUAAAUUAAAUCGUACAACUCAAAAUGAAGAUUCCAAUGGUAGUACUUGAACUGAUUUGUAAAAAAAGCUGAAUUACUUGGAAAUGCUAAGGUUUAUUCAAGGCAUGUUUCUUUACCUAUGCUAGUCACAAUUUGCAAUAGCUUAAACAGAAAUGCUAGUCACAAUGUCGUUGUAG